AUGAGUGAAGAACGGUGGGUCUCCCUCACUCCAGAAGAAUUUGGCCAACUCCAGAAAUAUGCAGAAUAUUCUUCCAAGAAGAUAAAUGAUGUCUUGGCUGAAUUUAAUGAGGGUGGGAGCCUCAAACAAUAUGACCCACAUGAGCCUAUUAGCUACGACGUCUUCAAGCUGUUCAUGAGGGCGUACCUGGAGGUGGACCUUCCACAGCCACUGAGCACACACCUCUUCCUGGCCUUCAGCCAGAAGCCCAGACAGGAGACCCCAGACCACCCAAAGGAGGGGGCCAGCAACAGCGAAGCCAGUGGUCCAGAUUCCAACAUACAGAAUGCAGAUAAUGCUGCCAAAGCAGACGAGGCUUGUGCCCCUGAUAUGGAAUCAAAGAUCACUGAGAAGCAAGUGCCAACUAAAGACCAAGUAUCUGCGACCCCCCUGGGAAACCAUGCUGCUCAGUCUUCAGGCUCAGAAUCCCCCAUAGUGUACCUGAAGGAUGUCAUGUGUUACCUGUCCUUGCUGGAAACGGGGAGACCUCAGGAUAAGCUAGAGUUCAUGUUUCGUCUCUAUGAUUCGGAUGAGAAUGGUCUCCUGGACCAAGCGGAGAUGGAUCGUAUUGUCAACCAGAUGCUACACAUUGCCCAGUAUCUCGAGUGGGAUCCCACGGAGCUAAGGCCUAUAUUGAAGGAGAUGUUACAAGGGAUGGACCACGACCGGGAUGGCUUGGUGUCUCUCCAGGAGUGGGUCCACGGAGGGAUGACCACCAUCCCAUUGCUGGUCCUCCUGGGCAUGGACGACGCUGGCUCCAAGGGGGACGGGAGACACGCCUGGACCAUGAAGCAUUUCAAGAAACCAACCUACUGCAACUUCUGCCAUGUCAUGCUGAUGGGCGUUCGGAAGCAAGGCCUGUGCUGCAUUUACUGUAAAUACACUGUCCAUGAACGCUGUGUAUCCAAAAACAUUCCUGGGUGUAUCAAAACGAACUCAAAAACCAAAAGGGGCGGCGAGGUGAUGCAGCUCGCGUGGGUGGAAGGGAACUCCUCUGUCAAGUGUGACCGGUGCCACAAAAGUAUCAAGUGCUACCAGAGUGUCACCGCGCGGCACUGCCUGUGGUGCCAGAUGACGUUUCACCGCAAGUGUGAAUUGUCAACUUUGUGUGAUGGUGGGGAGCUCAGAGACCAUAUUUUGCUGCCCACGUCAAUAUGCCCCAUCACCCAGGACAGGCAAGAUGGGAAGUCUGAUGGUAGCAUGUCAGCCAAGGAUGAACUUGUAACGCAGUAUAAGAUCAUCCCCACCCCGGGUACCCACCCCCUGCUGGUUUUGGUGAACCCCAAGAGUGGAGGGAGACAAGGAGAAAGAAUUCUUCGGAAAUUCCACUAUCUGCUCAACCCCAAACAAGUUUUCAACCUGGACAAUGGGGGGCCUACUCCAGGACUUAACUUUUUCCGUGAUACUCCAGACUUCCGUGUUUUGGCCUGCGGAGGAGAUGGGACAGUUGGCUGGAUUUUGGAUUGCAUUGAUAAGGCCAACUUCGCAAAGCAUCCACCCGUGGCUGUCCUGCCUCUUGGAACGGGAAAUGACCUGGCCCGCUGUCUCCGCUGGGGAGGGGGUUAUGAAGGCGGCAGCCUGACAAAAAUCCUGAAGGACAUUGAGCAGAGCCCCUUGGUGAUGCUGGACCGCUGGCAUCUGGAAGUCAUCCCCAGAGAGGAGGUGGAGAAUGGGGACCAGGUCCCGUACAACAUCAUGAACAACUACUUCUCCAUCGGCGUGGAUGCUUCCAUCGCACACAGGUUCCACGUGAUGAGAGAGAAACACCCCGAAAAAUUCAACAGCAGGAUGAAGAACAAGCUGUGGUACUUUGAAUUCGGCACCUCGGAGACCUUCGCAGCCACCUGCAAGAAACUCCACGACCACAUAGAGUUGGAGUGUGACGGAGUUGGGGUGGACCUGAGCAGCAUCUUCCUUGAAGGCAUUGCUAUUCUCAACAUUCCCAGCAUGUACGGUGGCACCAAUCUCUGGGGAGAAACCAAGAAGAACCGGGCUGUGAUCCGGGAAAGCAGGAAGGUCGUCACUGACCCCAAGGAACUGAAAUUCUGCGUUCAAGACCUCAGUGACCAGCUUCUUGAAGUGGUGGGGCUAGAGGGAGCCAUGGAAAUGGGGCAGAUCUACACUGGCCUGAAGAGUGCAGGCAGGAGGCUGGCCCAGUGCUCCUCUGUCUCCAUCAGGACGAACAAGCUGCUGCCAAUGCAAGUGGACGGAGAGCCCUGGAUGCAGCCACCUUGCACGAUUAAAAUUACUCACAAGAACCAAGCGCCUAUGAUGAUGGGGCCCCCCCAGAAGAGCAGCUUCUUUUCUCUGAGGAGGAAGAGCCGUUCAAAAGACUAGACACUAUGCCCAAUGCCAGUUCAACCAAGAGAGAAGACAAGAAACUGAAGCACACACACACACAUACACACCACACACACACACACACACACACACACACACACACACACACACUCUUCUCCAACCAGUGGAAGCCAAGCCACCCUUCAGGAAGAAGGCUUCACCCUGACAUCCAUUCUAUUUCAACCAUGGACACACUCCAACAGAACCAGUGCCAGCAGGACAUUGUGAAUGGACUUAGGGCCCUCCAGGGUGCAGCUGGCUCAUGCAGCAACCUCCACUUUCCCAGAAGACCUUGAGCGGGACUUUCUGAGACUGAAGGAGAAACCCCCCCUUUCUUUCCACCAGCCCUGCAAGUUUCUUCGCCGCUCGCAAGGAGCAAGCUGCAGGUUUCCUGUCUAACGGGAGAUCGGAUGUGGCCAAGGGAAAGAGCCUGCGUUCCAGGGGACGCUCACAAAGGUCCCUCUGUGAGGAGACAAAAACACCUCCGACUCUCAGAUCGCAGCCCUUGGCAGGACUCAGCAUACGCACGCUGGUUUCUCGGUUGUCCUUCGAGUGACAGCUUCUCCCGGAACUUGCUGAGGAGGCAGAAAUGCUGUGGAAAGCUGUGUUUCCCUUCUUGGUUCUGCGCACUCUCAGUGGGCACUGGUGAUUUUCCUGAAGCCUUCUGGUGGCUGUGUGUUUGUUUAGAGCCGGCUCCAAGAGCCCCCAGAGCUGCCUACAUAGCACACCUUAGAUGUGGUAUUUAUUUUCUUAGUUCUGUGAACACCUGGGAGGGAAAGCAGAGAAACUGAGAUUUAUUUUUCAAAUUGGUGUCAUAAUAUUGUGUAAAAAGGGAAGAAAAAAAAAAAAAAAAACCACCCCCAGCUUCUUUCUUUUUCAAGCCACAGCGUGUUUCCUGUUUGAGUUCCAAGCCCUGGUGGCAGACUAUUCCUGAAGGCAAAGAAGAUGGGAGGGAAGGGCCUUUUGCUGAGACCAGGAGACAAGGCGUCAGGCAGUUCCCUCCUGCCUCUGCAACGACCACUCCCCGAGCACGACCUGGAGGCCCUACUGAAGGUCUUAGGUGUGUGUACAUAUAUGUAGCAUAUAUAUAUUUAUAUAUACAAAUAUUUAUUUACUGGUGGAUUUUUCUGGAUUGAAAAAAAUAUGCAGUACAAGAACAGAAAGUGGGAAAGAAAAAGAAGGCUCUGACUCCCUGUUUCUGCCAUUUCAUUGUCAAGGCACAUUGCCCCGUGGUGAUCAUGAGAUUUAAGGGAAAUUAAAGUAUCUCCUUAUCAUAAAGAGACUGAGAAUUUCUAUUCUAUAUCCUCAAAACAACAUGAAAGCUAUGCUGGGCAGGAUUUACUCUCCCAUUUGUCAGAUAAGGAAACUGAGUCUCGGAAAAGUUAAGAGACUUGUCCAUGGUAUCUUGGCUAAUGUGGUUUGGGACUAGGUACCACUAAGAAGAUAUGUAAUAGAGAAAAGAACCUACACAUCUUGGAAAAGGGUCAUUUCUGGUCACUGAGAAACGAUUCCAUUUGGAUCCAGGUUGCCAGGGAGGAAUGAACGUGUGGCACAUGUGUGGACGGGACAAGCCCACAUGAGAGAAUGAGGCCUCCCAAUACUUCCCAGAGACUCUCUCUGGUCUGCCCUGGUGAGAAGUUGGUCCAGGGUUGAAGGCAGUGGACAGAUCUUCAAAUUAAACUCUCCACAUGUCAUCUCAUCAUGGUCGUCAUAGUCUCUUAACCUAGAAACACCUCUGGCUGCCCGGAUGACCUCAGUGGAGAGGCACAAGGAGGACAGAGGCACCUCAGCAAGGAGCUGCCAGCCAGUGCCCAGAGGGGCCUCAGCAGAGUUCACUGGGCUUCAUUCAGCUGGCAACAGCAUCACCGCCUUCCCCGAGGGCAAGUCUGUGGAGAGCUUUGUUGGUAGAAAGAAACAUUCACCUCGGCACCUUUGGUCCUUCAGCCUCCAUCACCUCUGAGAUUUCUGAAAAGGAAACCUGGACCCACUCGACGUCACUCCACUGAGCUCCCUCUAAUCUCCUAACACUGGGUCGGGAACUUUGCACAAGGAAGGGAAAAUUAAGAUUGUGUGUACAAACUGAUCCUAACUCUGAAAGAAGCAGUCAUCUAGGACCGUCUAAGACAGAGAUCUAGAGCCAUCCUGUUCAACCUAACAGUUCAGAACACUGGGCAGGGGGAAAGCAGGCCACCUGAAGAAUGUCCUGAAUGAUGGGCUCCUUGGGGAUGGGACUAACAAGCUCAGAAUGACAACAGGUACUAUCUUGGAAGCCACUUGAUUCUGAAAUGAAGGCAGGUUCAAUUUGGGGGUCACUGAUUCUAAGACAUUUGCAGAAAUUCUUGCAUGUGUUUCAGCCUCAACCCCCCAAGAUUGAGGCUGUUGAGACAUGGUACUAUCAACAGGUGAAAGUGAUUCUUAGAGACUCACAAGUCAGAGACUGGCCCCUGCCUGCCCACUGUGGUGCACAGGACUGGCAGUGUUGCUUGAGAGACAUGUCCCAUGUCCUCCUUAAAGCCACAAAGUAUAGCAAACAUCGGUGGAAUUGUACUUUCAAUUUUGUAACCUCAGUAAGUCUGGUGGUGUUGUUUAAUCUGACUUUGCAACUCAUCCCUUAACUACUGGGACUGUGGUUUCUCACGGUGGAGUACCUCAUCAUAAUGCUCCUCACAGCAACCCCUGACGUUGACAGAGAAGAUAUUAUUAGCCCCAUCUAAAUAAUGAGGAAAACAAGGCUUACUAUAAUUUAGUGACUUCUCAAAGUUAGGCAGUCAGGGGAGAAUCCUCCCUUAUUCCUCAUCCCAUUCUGAUUCUGGCCAUGCCCCAGACAUGUUCUCACCUGCCCCCACAGUUCUACCCCUCUAGCAGUAAAAAGAAUGAAACAGGAAGUCUUCAAUACAUUAUGUUGUCCCUGGACUAAUGGGCUAGGCGUUGCAUCUCAUUAUGACUUGGUCUUUGUAGGUUUCCUCCAGUGAGUUGAGAAUGGAGACAGACUUAGUAGAAUGAUUAUAUUUCAGGUCAGAGACCAGCUCCUCUCAAGAGAGUUCUUUCCACAGAUGGAAAAGAUAUGUUAAAAUUGCCAAAUAAAUUAGGAAAUACUUGGCAGAAUCUGGAAGAACCUCCAGACUGGCGUUACAUAACAUGCAUAUACAUUAUACAUAUGGACAUUAUAUAAGGUGACAUAGUACUUAAUGUGCUGUAUAUAUUAUGUAAAUUACAUAUUUGUGAGUAAUCAUGAUAAAUAUAGAGACCCACUAAUCACUUUUUUACACAUACCCAGUGACAGAUUAGGAAGUUACUUUGCCAGAGAGUCUUAAAACUUACUCUCUCCUGCUGCUUUGGUUCCAACUCCUGCCAAAAAUAAUUGCAUCAACUUUUCCCAUCUCUAGCCCCCUCUCCUCUUAGCCAAAACCCUCAGUCCUAGCUAGGCUGUACCUUCCGUGGAACACUACCAUGAUUGAGAUCCAUAAAAAUAGAUUCUGGGGAUGGGAAGGAUCUAGACUCCCAGAUUCCCUGUGUCACCGACCUACACCCCAAGGCUCCCAGGCAGAUGGAUGUCUAAUGCUGAUAUUAAAGGGAGAGAGAAGGGGAGAGAGGAAGAGUCUACCAACCCUCCAAGGAAGGAAACUUCAGUGUUCCUUGGCCACCAGUCCCAGGAUCUGACCAUAAUCAAUCAGGAAGUUAUUUCAAAAGUCUAGUUUAAGUUUCUGCAGCAUAUCUGAAACCAUAAUUUCCUAAAAUGUGUUUCACACAAUACUAGUAUCCAUAAAUUGCUCCAUGAACAAAAGAGUUCUGUGGUCAAGUACUAGAUCCCCUUCUAGAAGAAAUGGUGGGCUUUGAUUUGUCUCUUGACGUCCACAGAUUAGAAACACUGCCUUAAGCCCACCAUUUCUUCUUUUUGUUCUCCGUGGAGAUGGGAACAUGGAAGUAACCAUCCUCUGCAAUAAUAUUCCAUAAAGUACUUUUCUAGGACAAGGAACUUCUCUUCUUAAGACACUCUUUCUAGUUUCUUCUGUGAUUGUUUAACUACUUUUAUUGUUCCCCUCUACGUGUCUUCAAGCAAGAAUCAAGGAUCUGGCCUCUUUGCUUCCUGAGUAGAGAAGGGAUUGGGGGAAAAUUAAGGGGAAAACAGGAUAGCUGCCAGGGGUCAGAUUUCAUCUGUGUAGACCUAGAGGACAGAACCAGGUCUAAAGAACACAGUUGUGGAAAGGAUCGAUGUUUAUUCAAUUUAAUGACCGCUCUUGGAGCUAGCUGGCCGAAUAUGGAAAGAGCUGACUUGUGAGGGAAUGAACAGCCACCUGCUCUUAUAGGAAGAGCCUUGACCUAGUUGAGGAGGAACAAGCGGUGAUUGAUCUACCUUGUUUAAAAGCUGUUGAAACUAUUUUUGUAGGCAUCAGUGUUAAAUCAAUAGGUCUAGUACUUCCUUUUGAGCAGCAAACCUCA